AUGAGAAAAACUCUGAUUGGCCGAAAAGCUGGAGACUCGGACCAAUUCAAAGAGAAAAAGUCGGCAACAACAACAACAUCACGAUCAACAUUCUCUCUAGGAAUACCCUUUAGGAAGAAGAAGGAAGCUCCUCCUGAUAAGAGUAGUACAUUUACGGGUGAGAGAAGGAGAAGUGAUGAUUCGAAAUUAAAUGAUUUAUCAUCAUUGGAAAAUGGUGAAAAGAGAAGGUCUUCAUUUUCGGAACAAAAUGAUAAAAGACAAUUCGGAUUGAUUAUGGAUCAAGAAAAUUUGGUUUCGAAAGAAAACUUUAAAUUAACUGAUGAUAACAUGUUAAUGCCUGGAACUGCAGACGAAUAUAACGAGGAUUUACUUCUUCACAAAGGUUAUUUAGUGAAAGAGGGAGGAAAUAUUCACAAUUGGAAGGUAAGAUAUCUAGUUGACUAG